GGCGCGGCGGAGCCGCUCUGCGUAGGUGCCUGUGUAUCGCGCAUGCGCACCGACUGACAUACCGGCGACGGCUGUUCAACGGUGGCCUAACGAAUACAGGGGAUUACGAGCCCGAUCUGACAGGCUGCACCAUGAGUCAGGGUAAGGACAAUGCAAGACUCAAGAGCUACAAGAACAAGUCUCUCAACACAGACGAGAUGAGGAGGAGGAGGGAAGAGGAAGGCCUGCAGCUCCGCAAGCAGAAGAAGGAUGAACAACUUUUUAAAAGGAGAAAUGUUGCCACCGUGGAGGAUGAUGGCACCCUGGAUGAGGAUGGAAUGGCGGACAGUGGUUACCUGGAAUCGCAGGCGAACAACCUGGACCCUCACAUGGGUGGGGUCAUCUCUGAAGACAUGAUUCAGAUGAUCUUCUCCAGUUCUCCAGAGCAGCAGCUAAUAGGCACCCAGCGCUUUAGGAAACUUCUUUCUAAAGAACCGAACCCACCCAUUGAUGAAGUGAUUGCUACUUCAGGGGUGGUGGAGCGUUUUGUUGAAUUUCUGAAGAGGAGAGAAAACUGCACAUUGCAGUUCGAGGCAGCAUGGGUCCUGACCAACAUUGCUUCAGGUACAUCCCAUCAAACGCGGGUUGUUAUCCAGGCCGGGGCCGUUCCCAUAUUCAUAGAGAUGCUCUGCUCGGACUUUGAGGACGUCCAGGAACAGGCAGUAUGGGCCUUGGGCAACAUCGCAGGCGACAGCACAGAAUGCAGAGACUUUGUUAUAGACUGUAACAUUCUGCCUUCUCUGCUGCAACUAUUGGCCAAGCAGAACCGUCUAACGAUGAUGAGGAACGCGGUGUGGGCGCUCUCAAACCUGUGCAGAGGAAAGAACCCACCCCCAGACUUCGCUAAGGUGUCCCCGUGUCUCAGCGUGCUUUCCUGGCUGCUGUUUGUCAACGACACCGACAUCCUAGCUGACGCAUGCUGGGCGCUGUCCUACCUUUCUGAUGGGCCCAACGACAAGAUCCAGGCUGUUAUCGACUCAGGAGUCUGUCGGAGGCUGGUCGAACUGCUGAUGCACUCUGAUUAUAAGGUGGUUUCUCCUGCACUGAGAGCCGUGGGAAACAUAGUCACUGGAGACGAUCUGCAGACACAGGUGAUUCUGAACUGUUCAGCGCUGCAGUCCUUACUUCACCUUCUGAGCAGCCCCAAGGAGUCUAUUAAGAAGGAAGCGUGCUGGACGAUCUCCAACAUCACCGCAGGGAACCGAGCACAAAUACAGAUGGUGAUGGAUGCAGAGCUGAUGCCGCCUCUCAUCAGUAUUCUGCAAGUAGCAGAGUUUCGCACAAGGAAGGAGGCAGCGUGGGCUAUUACCAACGCCACCUCUGGGGGCUCUGGAGAGCAGAUAAGGCAUCUAGUGGAACUUGGCUGUAUAAAACCUCUGUGCGACUUGCUCACGUUGAUGGACUCCAAAAUAGUCCAAGUGGCUCUAAAUGGUCUAGAGAACAUCCUGCGACUGGGAGAGCUGGAGGCCAAGAGGGGAGGAGGCAUUAACCCAUACUGUGCUCUCAUCGAAGAGGCCUACGGUCUGGACAAGCUGGAGUUCCUGCAGGGCCACGAGAACCAGGAGAUCUACCAGAAGGCCUUCGACCUGAUCGAGCGCUACUUCAACACCGAAGACGAGGACCCGUCUCUGGCUCCGGCCGUCGACCUGCAGCAGCAGCAGUUCCUCUUCCAGCAAUGCGAGGCUCCCAUGGAGGGCUUCCAGCUAUAAUGCUAAAAACGUCCUCCCAAGCUCCAGCUUCAUCUUCACCUACGCUCACAUCUCCGUCUCUGCCCACGGCCAAGAUUCAGGGCGACAAGCAGCCCUCCUCCCCCUCCCUUCCUCAGAGAUGGAUUUAAUCUUUAUCCUGAUUAUUAUACUACUAUGUAACAUUUACAGGAGCACAUGCUUGUGCGUACAUCCAACAUGGGGUCAGUUUCCAGAGUUCUGUCAGCCAGUUCAUAGAGGUUCAUGAUAUUUUUCAGUUUAGCGCCUGACCAGAGCGAGCGCCAGUAUCUCCGGUCAGAUCAUUCGCAUAUUUUCGGGAUUUCCUCCACUCCUCAUCAGAAAGGAAGAUGUCCUCCUUGUUGCCACAGGGUUGGCAAGCACUCUCUCAGUCAGUGGGAGGACUCGGACUGCCCUGCUUGUCUGAAGCAUUAACGACUUGGAAGACGGACAAAUGUUGACCCGGUACCCCCCCUCCAGUUUUCCUCCUGCACACAAAGAAAGAUCCAACCUAAACACUGGACUGACCUUGAGACAUAUGAGCCCAUGUUUGAGUGCGUCGCUUGGACUGACUGCUAAGAAAGGCACGUGACUUAAAAAAAAAAAAAAAAGCGGAGGGUCAGUUUCCUCACCUCUUCUCAGAAAAACCACACAUAGACUAAUUAGAAAGUUGACUUUGUUGCUAUGCGGUGGAUUGCCUGCAUUCCCACCCUGAUCUCAUAUCAUUCCUUUUUACCAGUAUUGGGACUUUUUCCACAUGCACUGGCUCCACCUUCAAGAGUUUAAACUGCCAGCUCUGUCGUGACCCGAUCUUAAACCCCGUGGAAAGCCACGGGAAUCGGAUUCUUCCCUCGCACUGAGACAAUUGGACUUGGACGAAACAAAACAGACUAUAUAACCCUGGAUUCUGUCCAGCAGCAAGCCAGCGGGAUUUUAGCUUUUCUUUUCUUUUUUUUUCAUUUAUUAAACUAUCAUUUCAUUUCAUUUGCAGCACUUUAGUUCUGGACUGAUGCCUGUUCAUCGACGUUAGUUGUUAUGUAUGUGCUAUUUAAGUUGAUGAUACGGCUCUUCCCUCCUCAGGAAGCGAGAUGUAGAGGCCAGGCCCCCCCCCCCAAACUCCUGGUGUGACAAAAGAUUACACUGUUUCCCCUUCUAGCUAAGGGGAACUCGAGCAGAUUUAAGACUGAAACUCUCAGCAUACUCUUAAAAACAGAGGAUUAUGUUGCCUCUGCACAGCUAAAUUAACUCUGCAUUUGGUAAAUCGGCUGUAAUCUGUGAGCAGUCUAACGUGAAUACAGGUAAACAUUUCCUAUUUGAUUAUGCCAAAUCAACACUUUUAUCAUCUUGAAGAUUCAAGGUUGGUCUCUUAUUUUCUUUUUUUUUCUUUUUUUUUUUUUUCAAAUCGGGAAUUAGCAUCUUCAGUUUAUGGUGCCAUAAUCCCUAACAUAUGGAAGUUCUUCUGUAAAAUGUCAAGAAAGGAUUUAAAAAAAAAAUAAAAAAUCCAGAUUAAACUUGAAAAUCCUAGUGAUCAUCGUAGUUAGCACAAUUGAAUGUUUGUUUACCAAGUACUCUACUCAUGUUGCUUUUUUUUUUUUUUUUUGUCAGAAAUCUCUGCAAGAGAUGACCAGCUCUUUGUGUUCAUUACCGUUUGUUGUACUGAGUUUGUGCAUCUGUUCUGUUCUUCCAUUUGCAUAAAAGCCAUUUCAGUCAA